AUGCGACUCUUCCAAGCAAAGACAAAGCUGUACACACAUCUCGUGGCCCGCCGAGCAUUGUCUUCCGUGGAGAAGGGCAGCAGGUUCGACAUCACCCAUCGCUCUCAUGUCGUGCGAGAUAGCUCUGCUCAGAAGGACAUCAACGCAAGAGCAUGGAAGCUAAGCGGCGCGUUCACACGCUUCGACCGGAGCUUCGAGGUUUUCGAGGUGAGCAAGGCCGGCGGUCUGAAGCGCACGAGCAUCACCUUGGCGGACGUGCUUCGUAACUUCGGCGUCCACGCCCGCGACGUGCUGUCUCUUGGGCUGCAGGACGAGAGGUAUCACCCGCCGCCGGCGGUGCUACCUCGCGAAGGGGUGGUGGUGAUAGCGCUGGGCCCCUUCAAGGCGCUGGUGCACACGGAGGCGUGCGUGCUGUUCGAGGCGGAGAAGAUAGACGUGUCGUACAUCGCGCCCAUCCUCGCGGACCUGGUCCGGGCGAACAACGAGGUUCCGCCGUCGGAAGGCGUUUGGGAUCCCGCGAAGUCAACACCACCAUGGCCACCGUCAUCGGCAGCAGCAGCCGGUGACGGGGAAAAUGGAGACGGCAGCAAAGCGGCUCUUGGUGGCGACGGCCCGAACGUGAGGGGCGAAGAAGACGGCGCUGCUGCUGCUGCGGCCGUCGGCAGCAGGAGACCAGCAGCAGCAGCAGCCGGGGGCGAGGGGAACGAUCCAGGCUCGCCUGAGCCGAGGUCGGGGCUCCGGCCGUCGGCAGGAGCUCCUCGGCCAUCGACGGCCACAGCGAGAACAAGAGAAGAGGGGGGCGAGUCCGCUGCCGACAAGCUCGCGGCCAAGGUCGGGGACUACGUUCAGGAGGCGUUUCGGUUCGGAGCGGGGGUGGCGUCGAGCAAAGAGCUGUGGGGGAAGAACCGAGAUAAAGACGCCGCCGCGCUGCAGAAGGAAGGGAAGGAGGAGGAGGAGGAGGAGGAGGAAGAACACCACCAGAUGAAGGUCAUGCUUAGGGAGCAGCUGCCGAUGCCGUUCGAGCUGGCGAUGCUCGAGGUUAUGCUACAAGAGGUGUGCACUAGCUACCACCGACGAGCGCACGUCGUGAGGAGGCUCAUGGAGCAGGGGCUCAAGCCAAGCGAGACUACGUCGUUCUUCGCGCCGAGUAGAAUAGAGCACUACCGGCUCGUGCCGCUUAAGCUGGCGCUCAAGCAGCUGGAGCUGAAGCUCUCCCAGACGAGGGCUUGCCUGGAGGAGCUGAUGCAGAGCGACGAGGACAUGCUAGGUCUGCUGCUGACAGAGGCCAAGGAACUGCGAAACGGGGAGAUGUUGGACGCACACCGCCACUCGGUGGUGGAGCUGCUCCUGGAGAACUACCACAGGCAGCUGGUGCUGGUGGGGCACGACGUGGCCGCGAUGAAGCAGGAGAUGGAGUCGCUCCAGGAGCUGUCCGCCAUCAGCCUCGACGUGAGCCUCAACAGCAUGAUCGCGGUGGACGUCCGCCUGGCCAUGCUCAACCUAGGGGUGGCCACGUCAGCCUGCAUCUUCGGCGCCAUGGGGAUGAACACGAUCAACGGGCUGGAGUCGUCUCACGUGGCCUUUUAUUGCCUUCUCGGCGGCAGCGCGGCCGCCUCGGCAAUGGCUCUGGGAGGUGUCAUGAGGCACCUGCGGUCGGUGGUGCGCGCUGGAGACUCCCAGCAGGGCAAACUCAUGGCCCUGAACACCAUUUGCGACCACGUGGACGACAUCGAGAGCGUGCUGAGGACAGAGCUGGAGUUCGGCCACAAGACCGCGGCAGGCGCCAUCAAGAGAGAUGCGAUGGCCAGAAAGCUGGCACGAACUAGGGGGAAAGAGGUCUCCGAGGAAGAGCUGGACCUCAUCUUCGCGGUGUUCGACACCUCCGGCGAUGGCUCCAUCGACACCAAGGAGUACGGGAAGCUUGUGUCCGACCCCGCCGGCUCCCUCGGCAGUAGUAGCGGAGCAGCGGCCGGCACGAUUCUCCCUUCCCGUGACGGCAGAAAUUAGGGUACCGUAGGUGACAUUA